AUGAGUUCCAAAAGAAGGGUAGGAAUAGCCCAUUUCCUCCUCAGAACCUUUGAAAUGCUGGAUGUACAAAAAUAUAAUUAUAGAAUUUCAACAGACACCGAAGCUUAAACAUCUUAUAGAGUGGUCCCCUUGUGGAGAGAUGUUCUAUAUCAAAAACUCUAGGGAAUUCGCAAACAAAGUAAAGUCAAGAUUCAAAUUUAUUUUUUAGGUGCUUCCUUAAUAUUUCAGACAUCGGAACUUUUAAUCUUUCUUGCGACAAUUGAAUAUGUAUAACUUUGUUAAGAAACGGUUGAAGAAUGGCUGGAAUCAAUUUCAACACAAGUAUUUCAAAAGGGAAGCCAAGUAUAUUAUUUAAGAUUAUUUNAAUCUCUCGACUACUUUAGAUUCAAAGCAAUUCAAUAACAUAAAUACUACUGUUUAUGAAUUUGCAGAUUAGCUAGAUAAUGAGGAAAACUAAACAGAAUUUUAUGAUUAAUUAUCAUAAAUGUUAAUUUAAAUGGCAGGGAAGAAUGAAUUAUGA